GUCUGAGGCCGGGGGCUCGGGGCGCCGGCGGCGGAUAAGAGGAGCUGUGCGGGCUCCCGAGGAAGAGAGGGGGCACCGGCUGGCUGCCUGCCGGUGAGGGGGGAGCGCCGGGGAGGCCGGCCGUCGCUCGGCGCGGUGUCCCUGCCUGCGCGGGGGGCGGCGACCUCUCCGUUCCGCCCUGCAGCGGGCGCGGCAGCCAUGGCGCUGGUGCUGGCUCUCCUCAGGCGAGUGCUGGAGUACUUUGGCUGGCCGCCCGACCAGGCCAUAUUUUUGGAAACUCGUGUAUUUGGCAGCAGUAUCAGUCAUACAAUCAGAACGUGUCUUCCUUCAGCAGUCUCAUCGAGAAGGCGUUUCCAGCAGUUAUAUGCAGUCAUAAGGAAGUAUCAGGUCAAGGUCGUAUCUGUUUGCCAAAAAAAGGAAUAUGGAUCUACUCGAAGUGUUGUCCGUAGACUUGGGACAAUUCUUUCCUUAGAGCCCUACCCCAGACCUUAUUUUAAACUUGUUCAAGACCCAGGUCUGUUGGGUAAUAAUGAGCAAAGCACCACUCCAAUGCCUGUAGCUCCAUCACUUGCUGAUGUCCUGUGGGUGGCAAAUGAUGAGGGACAAGCAUUUACUAGGCUUCGGACUGAAUUAUGGAUAAAAGAAAAAAGUACAGCUUAUCGUGACCUACAUCCAUCUACAGAUUCAAUGCAAGGUGUUCCAAAACACAGUACACAAAAAGACAGUCAUUUUGAUCAAGCAGCACUCCAGAAAAUUUCUGCGCUUGAAGAUGAGCUAACCUUUCUUCGUGCUCAGAUUGCUGCAAUUGUUUCAGCGCAGACAUUGGGAAGCAUACCAUCACAAGCCUUUAAAACAUUCAGCACUCCGGAUGGGUUUUACCCAGUGCCAGCCAUGACUUCUACGCCAUUGUCCGUCUCUCACAAUCACUUUGUAAUUCCCUCGCCUCCUCCACUUCCUUCUGGUCUACCAUCUGGUGUUGAUGCUAGUAAUUCAGCAAUUGAACUUAUAAAACAACGUCGUGCAGCAAGAAACAGUGGUUCAACUGCAGCUGAUAGUGCUGAUCACCAGAGCACAAAGAACAUUCCUAGUAUGAUGGAUGUUUUGAAAGACCUAAACAAAGUUCAGUUGCGAGCUGUUGAGAGGUCACCUGGGGGUACUCCUCUUUCUAGACCCCAAAAGAGGCAAAGUUCAGAUUGGGAUCCAGUUGCUCUACUAACUCAUGCACUAAAGCAGAAAUUUGCAUAUAAAAAUGGUGAAGAAGAUGAUUCCGUGGACAAAGAAAACCGAUCUUUUGAUAGCUCCCCAUUUUCUAGUCCAGAGAUCCCACUGGUUGGACGUUGCAGUCUGAAGCCAAAUGCAAAAUCUAGCCUUAUAAGAACUGAUGAAGUUAAACAGGUACCAACGUGGAAAGUGAGAGCUCUUAUUUAACUGAUGGAGACUUCUGAGGAAACUUCAUAGUGUGUACAAGUGGCAGGUCUACUUUGAAACUGCUGUAAGGUGCUGUAAUGUGUUCUAGAACAUGUCUCUCCUAUGCUAUUGAAGUUCAGGUGUUGCAGGCUUUGUAAAAUUGCCUCUUCCUUCUCCCUAGUUUCCCAGCAGCCAAACUUGUGGAUGUAAUGCUUUUAUGAGAAGCACAGAACCAAAAGAAGGCUUUUAUUGCUAUGGAGCAGUGUGUUUGAAACCUGGGCAAUGCAGGAAAGAAGUGUGUGUGAAAGAAAAAUAAUUAUUGGUGUGGCAGCUGAGGUGUGUGGUCUGUUUGCACUCCAGUGUAAAUAAUGAGGAAGGGUAAACUUCUUGAAAGUGUGUUUAUAUAUAACUGACUGUAUAUAAUGGUAGCUAAUACUGUUUUAUUAGAAUAGUAUAGUUGCCUCAGUUUUCCUUGCAGUUUGCUGAUGCAACUCUGUAUUCCAUGUGCAAACAGUAUUCUAAUUUAUUUUGGGUCAGUAGAUGAACUUUUAUGUUUGUGAAACCUUGUUGUGCUGUAAGUAAACUAUAGGCUGUCUGUUAAAGCCCGUAAUAUGGGGGAGUUGUGUUCUGAGAUAAAAAAGACCUUGUAGAGAGAUCUGCUAGCACAUAAUCUAAAAUUCCAUAUGUUAAACAUUAAAUCCCUCCUUAGCUUCUCCAUAUGAAGUCUGUUUUGCUCACAAGAGUUUAUAAAAUAAAAUUUCUGUUAUAUCAUA